CCUUGGCAUUUCUGUUUCCCAUCUGCAUAGAGCUGGAGCCUGGAGAUGGCAGAAACUUUAGCUGUGGAUGUCUUUAUUCUUUUUUGCAUAGUUAGUGUUCUGGUGACAGGUACAGAUCCAGGGCAGGCUGACAGGAGGAAAACCACAAACAGGGAGUGUCAACCGGGCCUGUCUCCUCAUGGUCCCAGCAUCCCUCCCAGUGGCCAACCGUGGACACAUUCCAACCACAGCCCGCUGUUUGCAGACCUCCACCCAGAGGAGCUGACAGCUGUGAUGGACUUUCUCACCAAAAAGCUGGGACCAGCGCUGGUGGAUGCAGCCCAGGCUCAGCCCUCUGACAACUGCGUCUUCUCAGUGGAGCUGCAGCUGCCCCCCAAGGCUGCAGCCUUGGCUCACCUGGACAGAGGGGGGCCCCCACCUGCUCGGGAAGCACUGGCUAUCGUCUUCUUUGGUGGUCAACCUCAGCCCAAUGUGAGUGAGUUGGUUGUGGGGCCACUGCCUCACCCCUCCUACAUGCAGGAUGUGACUGUGGAGCAUCAUGGUGGCUCAGUGCCUUAUUACAGAUGCCCAGUGAUGGCCAGAGAGUAUUUGGACAUACGCCAGAUGAUCUUCGACAGAGAGCUGCCCAAGGCUGCUGGGCUCCUUCAUCACUGUUGCUUCUACAAACAGCAGGGUCAAAACUUGGCGACACUGACCACAGCCCCCUGUGGACUGAAGUCAGGGGACAGAGCCACCUGGUUUGGCCUCUACUACAGGCUCUCAGGAGCUGGGCAUUAUGUGCAUCCUGUGGGGUUGGAGCUGCUGGUGGACCACAAGGCCCUGGACCCUGCCCGCUGGACCAUCCAGAAGGUGUUCUAUCAAGGCCGCUACUAUGACAGCCUGACCCAGCUGGAGGAACAGUUUGAGGCAGGCCUGGUGAAUGUGGUGCUGGUCCCAGACAAUGGCACAGGUGGAUCCUGGUCCUUGAAGUCCCCAGUGGGCCCUGGUGUGGUGCCUCCUCUGCAGUUCUAUCCCCAAGGUCCUCGCUUCAGCGUCCAGGGGAGUCAAGUAGCCUCUUCAUUGUGGACUUUCUCCUUUGGCCUGGGAGCAUUCAGUGGUCUGAGGCUCUUUGACAUCCGGUUCCAAGGAGAGAGAGUGGCCUAUGAAGUGAGCGUCCAGGAGGCCUUGGCCGUGUAUGGUGGGAAUUCCCCAGCUGCAAUGCUGACUCACUAUAUUGAUGGCAAUUUUGGCAUGGGCAAGUACUCUACACCCCUGACCCGUGGGGUGGACUGCCCCUACCUGGCCACCUAUGUGGACUGGCACUUUCUUUUGGAGUCCCAGACCCCCCAAACGCUACGUGAUGCCUUUUGUGUGUUUGAACACAACCAAGGUCUUCCACUGUGGCGACACCACUCAGAUUUCCACUCUUACUAUUUUGGGGGCCUUGUAGAGACAGUAUUAGUUAUCAGAUCUGUUUCUACCUUGCUCAAUUAUGACUACGUGUGAGAUAUGAUCUUCCAUCCUAACGGGGCCAUAGAAGUCAAAGUCCACGCCACUGGCUAUAUCAGCUCAGUUUUCCUCUUUGGUGAUGCCCAAAAGUACGGAAACCGAGUUGGGGAGCACACUCUGGGCACAGUUCACACCCACAGUGUCCACUUCAAGGUGGAUCUGGAUGUAGCAGGACUAGAGAACUGGGUCUGGGCAGAGGACAUGGCCUUUGUCCCCACACCUGUGCCCUGGAACCCUGAGUAUCAGAUACAGAGAAUGCAGGUGACCCGGAAGCUGUUGGAGACAGAGGAGCAGGCUGCUUUCCCCGUGGGAGGUGCCAUCCCCCGCUACGUGUACCUGGCUAGCAAUCACAGCAACAAGUGGGGUCACGCACGGGGCUACCGCAUCCAGACGCUCAGCUUUGCUGGGAAACCAGUGGCCCAGGAGAGCUCCAUGGAAAGAGCCUUCAGCUGGGGGAGGUAUCAGCUGGCAGUGACACAGCGGAAGGAGGAAGAGUCCAGUAGCAUGAGCAUCUACAAUCUGAAUGACCCAUGGACACCUACUGUGGACUUCACCAACUUCAUCAACAACGAGAGCACUGCAGGGCUGGAUUUGGUGGCCUGGGUGACAGCUGGAUUUCCACAUGCAGAGGACAUUCCCAACACAGUGACAGUGGGGAAUGGAGUAGGCUUCUUCCUCCGGCCCUACAACUUCUUUAAUGAGGACCCUUCCUUCUCCUCUGCUGAUGCCAUCUAUUUCCGGGACGACCAGGAUGCUGGGGCCUGUGAGGUCAACCCCCUGGCUUGCCUGCCCCAGACUGCUGCUUGUGCCCCCAGCCUCCCUGCCUUCUCCCAUGCCGGCUUCUCUCACAACUAGGUGGUGACUAGCUAGCUAAGAAGGAAACCACUAAGUUUUAUUUACCUUUUGAGAAACUACCAGACUGAGUUCCAAAAUGUCUGUAUUUUUUUUUAGUUCUUCUUUCUUGUAUGAAAUACACAUGAUUUGAAAGUGCCAUGUCAUUACUAAGUACAUUUAGAAGCUUGCUUGGGCCUCUCCCCGAUCCUACCUCUGUCCUAGACCUCGAAUAUGGAAUGGAAUGGGGCUUCUGGAGAUGAAUCUUCUGCCUAGACCCAUCAGGCCUGUAUCUCAGUCUCCACUCUUGGGGAAGUGUUUUUCUGUUUAUCUGACAUCAUCCUGGCACAGUCCUUUUGCUCCUCUCUCCUCCUCCUUCCUCCUCCUCCUCCCUUCUUCCUCCUCCUUGUUCUCUUGCUACAUCACAUUCUGUUCUUUCCUCAAAGGACUAAGGGAAUGUCCUUGGGGCCAUAGGCAACAUCAUUCAGUUCCAAGGUCCUCCUCUGCCUCAGACAGGGAAGCCUUAGACUCACAGGGGCUGUCCUUCCCCUGUCCCCCAGUCCUGGGGCUUGAACUCAGGGCCUGGGCACUGUCCCUGAGCUUCUUUUGCUCAAAGCUAGCACUCUACCACUUGAGCCACAGCGC